UUUAGUCGCGUUGCAGCUAUCGAAGGAUUUGUUCGUGUUUUCACCGCCUUGCGCCCUGUUCACAGCGCCCAUACUGCUGCUGCUGCUGCUGCUGCCUGACUGUGUAUCCACCACCAUCCAUAGUAGUGUGCACCACGGCCGAGAGAACGUGCGCGAGAGCGUGAAGAGGUAGCUUGACUGUGCUGCUGAGCUGCCUGUAGUUUGGGUUUGGUUCAGGUCGGUCUGUCGGUCGAUCGUUUCGAUUGGUGUGGAGCGUUGUCUGAGCUUCCCCAGUCAGUGUCGUGUCGUCGUCGCCGAAGAAAACACAUCUCCAGCCCCAGUCAGGGAAGCGUAUAUGCGUUCGAAUCGCGCGUGGCGGGUAGUGUAUGUACCUUUUUGCAACAAAGAAGCAAUACAUAAAUUCCAUUUCCUGCAAAGCACAAUAGAGAGCCUCUCGUCGCGAAUUGUUUGUGGAGAAGUUGGCGACUGAACCCGUUGAUGUUUGACACCGGAAACCCUUGCGCGGAUAGAAGUGAGUGUCCUGUUCGAUGUUGGUACCACCUACCGAGCCUGAAGGGUGUGUUGAAGAGUGAGUCUCAAGUUUCCUUAGAGAGCUUGAGCGGAAACUGAGGCCAGUAAAAAAAAGAAAGGACGAUACGAAGAAAACACGGAAAAUCAAUCGGCGUAAAGUUUUAUGUGUUCAGAAGUUCUCGUUCCGAAGCGUGACAGAAAAUAGUCGUUCGAUCGGGGCCUGCCGAUCCAAUCAAUCAACCGCCAUUGAAAGUAUUCUGUUCAGGCGUGUCCGUACUCGCGGCAAAACAUUGUGACAAAACUACGAAACUCAGAGUUACUAAUGAGUGACGAGUCUCGGUAGAAGAGGAGAAGAUUCCAUGGUGUAAGAAGCCAGGAAACAAGUGAGGUAUAUGGAAGAAAUGUGGUUGACGACUUUGUGAAGAAUACCCAACACUACCUACCUAGAUAGUGAAAUAGUGAGCAUUAGAGCAUGCGAAGGAUUAACAAUCAUAAAGGAAGGGUUCAAUCGGUGCGGAAGUUAUGAGUUUGUGUAGUCCUGUAUUUCUGUAAAGUUCAAAUAGUUCUGUUUUAAGUUCCCUUCCUGUAAAUCUCAGUAUAUACCAAGAAGUAAAUCAUUAAAAAGGCCAGUGAAUAGUACAAAUUUUUAAUUUAGUUUGUAUUUAGAGAGCUAUCGAUUUUCUCGCCAGUAAGAGCUAUUUAUUUACUACGACAAAAAAACGGAUGAAGAGAACCCACAAUCGCAAAGUGUGAUACAUAUUCAGAGAGAAAACAAAAGGCUCGGAUAGCAACGUGAAAAGCAAUCAGCAACUGUACCACCAACCCGAACUUCCAGAAUUAGUAUUGGAUACUCAACACAGCUAAAAAUCAUCUAAAUGGAAUUAGCACGUAAAAGAUACAAAAGUAGCCGGGGUCCGGUGCUAAGGUCAAGCGAUCGCCGCCGUCCACAGAGUAUAUCGUCAUCCACCUCAACGUUACUGCCCCGCGUGGUCCUGAACCGCAUCGAUCCCCGUGAGUUUGAGCGCAUUCGAGUUUCGUACAAGGUUGCCAUCCGAAGCACCCGCAGCAGUCGUACUAAUAGCGGGGCUCACCCUGGCAUGAACAUGGGCCAAAAGAUCAGUGGAGGUGUCAAAACGGUCAGCAGCCGCGACCAACCAUCGCCCUUUAUCCCGAAGAUCCCGCGCGAACUGGCGGCGCACUUCCAGCGUCCGGCCCGACUUGAUCUCCUGCUCGAUAUGCCACCGGCCGCUCGCGAAACGCAGAUCAAAUACUCCUGGAACUCGGAGGACCGCUCGCUCAAUGUGUUUGUGAAGGAGGACGACAAGAUGACAUUCCACCGGCACCCGGUGGCACAGAGCACAGACUGCAUACGGGGCAAGGUGGGCUCCACCAAGGGACUGCACGUGUGGGAAGUGUUCUGGUCGACGCGGCAGCGAGGUACACAUGCUGUGAUCGGUGUUGCCACAUCCGAGGCACCACUCCACUCCGUAGGUUAUCAAAGUCUGGUCGGUUCGAACGACCAGAGUUGGGGCUGGGACUUGGGGCGCAAUAUGCUGUACCACAACUCGAAAACCUGCCCCGGCGUCACGUACCCCGCGAUACUUAAGCCAGACGAGACCUUCCUAGUGCCGGACAAAUUCCUAGUAGCGUUAGACAUGGACGAGGGAACGCUCAGUUUCAUCGUCGACGGUCAGUAUCUGGGGGUGGCAUUCCGGGGGCUCAAGGGACGAAAGCUCUACCCGAUCGUGUCCGCCGUCUGGGGGCACUGCGAAAUCACCAUGAAGUACAUCGGUGGCCUCGAUCCUGAACCACUGCCACUGAUGGACCUGUGCCGGCGAGUCGUCCGCCAGAAAAUCGGCCGAACGCACAUGGAGGAGCGCAUCGAACAGCUCCAGCUGCCACAGUCGAUGAAAACCUAUCUGCUCUAUCGGGAUCGAAGAUAAUAGACAACCCAAAAGCCGACUAUUAAUUAUUUAAUAAUAAAUAUUAUCGCUUAUUAUUAUAAUUAUUGGAUAGAUAUUAAUUUUCUCCAACUCCUCAUCCUCUGCCGCCACCGCCGGAUUAACUGAUCAGGGAAAGCAAGCGAAACGCGUGACGAUUGCACGACACUGAGAAGAACACACAAAGCUGCAGAUCAAGACCCGCAAAAAUCGGUUAUCGUUUUUUACAAAAGGCAGUGCUAUUUGAGUUUGCAGGACAGGGAGGAAGCGAUAGGUCUUUUUUGCAAGUAAACUGACACAAACUCCGUGCGAAUAGGGAUAUGUUUUUCCCCACAAUCUCACAUUUUUAAGUAAUACGGACUCUGCGAUAAGUAAACUCUAAGGAAAUAGUAACUUUAGGAGAAAACGUAAAAACUACAGAUGCAAAAUAACAGAAAACUAAGUAUAUAUAUUGGAGAAAAAUAUAUAAAAAAAGGCAAAACAUAUUUUCACUUUUAGAGAGCUGUAAAAAGAGGAUGGAAGAGAGAGGAACGUGUAAGAUAGCGAAUCGAAAUCAAAAGGCGCCAGCACUUUUUUGAUUUUAGCAAUUGUAAAAAAUAUAAGAGAGGAAAAUGGCUGACUUAUCCCUUUUAAUCCGUUAUUUUUUGUCUCUAACCAACACUACAACCCCCACCCCCCCCCUCUUCGAGUAAAGUAAACCAAUCCCGCAAGAAACACACAAUGAACAAAACGGUGGAAAACAUAAUGUGUUCUGUUUUUAAGCUUUUAAUCUGUAUAGUAAACCUAGGCGUCAGAAACAAAGGAUCCGAAGAACUGAUGAACACUACCAGAAGAAAACAAACAAGAUGAACCAGGAAAUACAAGAACAAUACAAAACAAACGUAAACAAACGAAAUGCUACUUCUUUUUUGCAUUUAUCAUCCGAAGCCGUGCUCAGAGGAUGAUCACCGUUCUUCCAUGAUCUACGACAUAAGGCACAGGAGAAAAACAUAGAACACAAAUAGAAACACGGAAGCGCAGCAUAGGACUGACGAAGCAGAACGGGGUCCGUUCGCGUCUUAGGGCAAUACGCGCGUUAAGGAAACCAGGCCAGAUCACAAUGUACUAUUUAUUAACUUCCGUGAACGGGACGGAACGAAACCGACUAGGAAACGCCACCCACGGGUUGAUCGGCCGGAUUGACCCCAAAAGUGCACAACACUGAACAAAAGAGACAAGCAAGGAACCACAAGCAACAAGAACAAGACAUAAAAUAUGGAAUCCGUGUGAUUAUUUUUUUUAUUAUUUGAAGUGAUUUAAACUUAGAUUGAGUAAUUAAACUUUAUUAGGAUCAAGUAAGCAAGUGGGGACGAGUGAAUGUGAUCGAUGCGAGAGAGCGAUCGAGGAACCGAAUUCGGGAUGAGUAUGGCGUCAAUAAAUCUUAGGGUCUUAAGCGUCUGAUAAGCGAUAGCGAGCGGGUGAGAGCGAGGGUACUGUGCACGAGCAUCUAAAUAGGCUCAUGUUUUCCAAUUUGGGACCGAGUGAAAAUUAUUGGUACGAGCGGUGCGUGAGAAUGCGAGAGGCUCAGUCAAUGUGCGACUAUUCUAGCAGUGUAGGGAAUAUGAAUAAUUAAAAAAAAAGUAUCGAACUAGUAGGAGAAGAUCACAGAAUAUUUUGAUUAUACGUCGAAACUUUGAACAAUCGGAAUCGGAAAUCAUGGAAACGUCUAGAUUUGAGUCGGGACAGGGAAUCUUCUCUCAGUUCUGUUCUGGCAUCCAUGGAACGAGCUCUUAUUUUUGAAGAGCACUUUUCCAGUCACAAUUCUUAAGCAGUACCGACUGAAAUCUGACUUCCUAAAUGAGAAUAACUUGAAUGAACCCAUCACCUGCAGAAAUUCUCCUCUCUUCAGAAAACAAGUUUAAUUUACCUUAUUCGGCAGCUCAAAAUGUACAACUCUCUUGAUUCGGGUGCAUCUUCCGCGGUCUGAGCAGUGAUGAUCUAAACUGGUUUAUUGUUAAUUGGAAAUUUUAGUUGCCAUAAAUGAAAUCAAUCUCAAAGAAAUCAGUUACUGCAUUAUUCGUAUUUGAGCAGAAGAAAAACCGACCAGGAGAAGAAACCCGAGUUGAAACUGUACAGUCCUAAAGGGAAUCCUAGUUUUCCUAAAAAAUUUCCAUUCAAAUACCCGUUAGGCAACAAAUCGUCUCUCCAGCUAAAAAGAAAGAGAACAAAGUUGUGAAGUGAUUUUUAUUUUUAUUUUUAGGUUUCUUUGUAUAAAAAUCCGCUUUCUUCUGUUUAACCUCUUCUUUGUUCAAUUUAUUUUCAUUUUUUUGAUUAUAUAGUAUAAAACGAGAAAUAGUCAAAAUAUAGAUAAAUGAUUUUUAUAUGAA